UACCUGGUUGCAAAUGUUUUUGUAGAUUUUAUGGAACCAAAAGCAGCAGCAGACCAUAUGGCUGAGCAAGAUGGGGAGUUGCAAGCACAAUGAGCUCAGGAGUGCCACUCAUGCAGUUUUGCAAUAUCAGAUUUAUACUGUGGGGAAUACAUCAAUCCAAUAGUAACUACAUUUUUGAUUGAUGAGGUCAGAUUACCAGUCGUCUUCUCUGUGUGAUGCUGAUUUAGGGAUGACUUGAUCGAUGGCUGCAAUUAGUUUGUGAACCCAAGUCACUAUUCCAUGAACUGAUGAUGACUGAAAAAGUAAAUUGAGAUUUGAUCUCCAGUGAGACAGAAGUACAGAGAAGUGAUACUGAAGAAUAAUACACAAUAUUGAACUGUGGAAUUGAAAUGAGAAUGAGCUUCUAGUUCUGCUUAGCAAGAAGAACACUUGGUGAAGGAAGGCAGUUUAUAAGAAGGGGAGCAUUCCAAUAGCACCUGGCAACCAGAAAGAAUGAAUUUGGAAAAAGCUAAUGAUUGGAUAGCCUGUCCUUGAUGUCAUAAAUGGAUGAAGAAGGACAACAUAGUUUGGAGUGUAUCCAAGCCAAUCAGAUCUUUCCUAGAAAACAGCUAAUUAGAGAAGAAGAAAACCUCCAGGUUCCUUUUCCUGAGCUUCAUGGGGAAAGUACAGAAUACAUAGGACGUGCUGAGGAUGCAGUUAUUGCUUUGUCUAACUACAGAUUGCACAUCAAAUUUAAGGAAUCAGUUGUUAAUGUUCCUUUGCAGCUGAUUGAAAGUAUUGAAUGCCGUGAGAUGUUCCAGCUUCAUUUGACUUGUAAAGACUGCAAAGUUAUCAGAUGUCAAUUUUCUACUUUUGAACAAUGUCAAGAGUGGGUAAAACGUAUGAACAAUGUGAUACGACCACCUGCAAGGAUAGAAGACCUUUUUGCCUUUGCUUAUCAUGCUUGGUGUAUGGAUGUGUAUGCUAGUGAAAAAGAACAACAUGGAAACUUGUGCCGACCAGGAGAGCAUGUUGUUUCAAGAUUUAAAAAUGAGGUUGAACGAAUGUGCUUUGAUAUGCAAAAUGCAUGGAGGAUUACCAACAUCAAUGACAAAUACAAAUUGUGUGCCAGUUACCCACAGCAGUUACUUGUACCAGCUUGGUUAACUGAUAAAGAGCUUGAAAGCGUUGGAAACUUCAGAUCAUGGAAGAGGAUUCCAAGUGUUGUCUACAGGCACCAAGGCAACGGUGCAGUGAUUGCACGUUGUAGUCAGCCAGAAGUCAGUUGGUGGGGUUGGAGAAAUUCAGAUGAUGAGCACCUGAUAAAGUCUGUUGCAAAAGCUUGUGCCAUGGACAGCAAUUCCACCAAACAUGUUAACGGCAACUGUGUACGAGACUUUUCUAAUGGUAGUGACCUGUCUGAUGUGGAAUUCGAUUCUUCAAUGACUAAUCCAGCUGGAGUAGAAAAUUUAUGCAGUCCACCACACAAACUUAUGAUUUUGGAUGCUAGGUCAUAUGCAGCAGCAGUAGCUAACAGGGCAAAGGGUGGUGGGUGUGAAUGCCCUGAAUAUUACCCGAACUGUGAAGUAGUAUUUAUGGGUAUGGCAAACAUUCACUCCAUUCGAAAGAGUUUUCAGUCAUUGAGAUUUCUUUGUACACAGAUGCCAGAUCCUGCCAACAGUUGGUUAUCAGCAUUAGAAAGUACCAAAUGGCUUCAGCAUCUAUCCAUGCUUUUGAAAGCAGCGCUACUUGUAAUUAAUGCAGUCGAUCGUGACCAGCGGCCUGUUCUGGUCCACUGUUCUGAUGGCUGGGACCGAACACCACAAAUUGUGGCUCUAUCAAAAUUACUGCUGGAUCCUUACUACAGAACCAUAGAGGGUUUUCAGAUAUUGGUGGAAACUGAGUGGCUGGAUUUUGGUCAUAAAUUUGCUGAUCGGUGUGGCCAUGGUGAAAACUCAGAUGAUCUCAAUGAGCGCUGUCCUGUGUUUCUUCAGUGGCUUGAUUGUGUCCAUCAGUUACAGAGACAGUUUCCUUGUUCAUUUGAGUUUAAUGAAGCAUUCCUUGCUAAAUUGGUACAGCAUACAUAUUCUUGCCUUUUUGGAACAUUCCUGUGCAACAGUGCAAAGGAGCGUGAAGAGAAACACACUCAGGAAAGAACCUGCUCUGUUUGGUCGCUCCUGAGGCCUGCUAACAAAUCCUUCAAAAAUCUCCUGUACACCUCACAGUCUGAAACUGUACUGCAUCCAGUGUGCCAUGUAAGGAAUUUGAUGCUUUGGAGUGCAGUGUACAUCCCCAAUUCAUCUCCUUCAACGCCUGCUGAUGACCAUUGUGCACCUUAUCCAAUUCCAAGGUCCAUCCCUGAAGAGCAGCCAUUGGGAAGGUUACCAAAGACUAGAUCAUUUGACAACUUGACAACAGUUUGCGAUAAUCCUGGGCCUACAGCAAAUAGACGCUCCAGUGAUCCAAGUCUAAAUGAGAAAUGGCAGGAACAUCGCAAGUCUUUGGAACUUAACAGUGUUGGAAUAGGGGGAUUGAUGGAUGGGAAUGGACUAGAUGAUUCCUUCAACAGUGAAGCACUGGAAAUGGGAAAGCUAGGCAAGAAUCCUUUGGGAGCUGAACUUUCUGUAGCUGCUGGUGUUGGGGAAGGUCAAAUGGAGAAUAUUUUACAAGAAGCCUCUAAAGAAGAUAGUGGGUUGGAGGAGCAGUCGAAGGAUGCACCAGUAACAGAAUUAAAACGAGUCGUAAAUGUUUUAAGUAACAAAAGCGAGCUUGACAGUGGCCUGACUAAUCAAUUGGUAACUUUUGUCACAGAAUCUUCGGAAACAUUAGCAAUGAAUGAAAUGGAAAGUACUGAGCCUAAUUCUGGGCUUGUUACAAAUUCAGAAGAAGGGACCCAGGAUGGGUUGGUAGAGUCCACAACUCAGAUUCCAUUGUUGCAUGGUAUAGAUGCUGGUUUCAUAAAGGUGGCUACUGAAAAUUCUUCAAGUUAUCCAGAAUCGUUUACGGAAGCAAAUGGUUUGAUUAGUCCAAGUAUUGAACCAGAAAAUCAAUAUACUACAACUCAACCUUGCUUACCCCAUUUAUUCACUCCAGACAAACUGGAGGAGAAGAUAUCAAAUUUGGAAAGUUCUACUGAAACUUUAACGGGAGAUGGAACAAAUCAGGAAGCACCACAAACCUACUCUAGUGAUAAACCUUAUUUGAAUACCAGAGGAAAUGGUACCAUGAUACCUGCUGUAGACACUGAAAAUAGUUUUUCUCAAUUUAUACCUGAAAACCAGGACAUGGUAUUGAAAUCAAGAUUUGCAAAUGACCUACAUAGGACUUCAGAUAAAAGCGUUCAAAGUUCACAGCCUCCUCCUUGUGCCUUGUCAUUAAGUGAAUGUAAAGAUGGAUUUGUUCCUAAUGGAGAAGUCAAUAGUGAAAAUACAGUUGUGGAAAAAACAACAGACUUUGGAAGUGGUACUCAAAGAAAUAUCACAGCUAAUGGACUCUGUAUAAAUGGAGACGAGUUGAGAGGGAAAACGGUGUUAAGUAGACAAGUUUCUGCAGCUAGUUGCAGCUCUUUGCAGUUUCCAUCUGGCCAUUUUAGAAACCCCCAUCCCAAGUGGUCGCAUUACUGCUCUGGAAAACAACAGCCAGUCACAAGCCCAGAUCAACCUACACGAAGCCAUUUGGAUGAUGAUGGGCUGGCCACUUACAAUGAUAUUAUUCAACAGCGACUUCGUCAGAUAGAGGCAGGGCAUCAGCAGGAGGUAGAAACUUUAAAAAAACAGGUGCAAGAACUGUGGAGCAGGCUGGAGUGCCAGCAUUUUAGUAAUUCAUCCCUGCGUUUUAAUGGAGAUUUUAGUGACGAAGUGACCUCUAUCCCAGACUCUGAGAGCAAUAUGGAUCAGAAUUGCUUAUCUCGCUGCAGCACAGAAAUAUUCUCUGAGACCAGCUGGGAGCAAGUGGAAAAACAGGACACAGAGGUGACUCGAUGGUACCCUGAUCAUUUGGCUCCACAAUGCUAUGGCUGUGAAAGUCGAUUUUGGCUGGCUAGCAGAAAGCACCACUGCAGGGACAGGGAGCCUGUUGAUGACACAUGGAAUUGUGGGAAUGUGUUUUGCUCAAGUUGUUGCAACCAGAAGAUCCCAGUGCCGAGUCAACAGCUUUUUGAGCCUAGCCGCGUCUGUAAAUUCUGCUACAGCAGCCUUCAGCCAAAUGGGUCCACGCUGGAGAUAGAACUGGAGAAACCCAUUGCAGCUACUUCAAACUAAAGGCAAUGCCUUUCCUCCCACAAACACGCACAUUUAUGGGAUGGUACAUAAGAAGCCAAGCACUUUGGUUACUGUGCACUUGAGUGAGGACUGAUGCACAGUAUUGCUUGGAAGUUGUAACAGGAUGUGGUGGAUGGAGAUACAUGUGGAUAAAAUAACUUAAAACUGUUUGGAAGUUUAUUUUAUGGUGGCUUGUGGCGAUUGGGAUAGCGUGGGCAGUGCAGUAUAUUACUGUAUUAACCAAAGGCCUUAGACUUGCAGAAGUGGUAAGCAAAUUUUUAUCGAGCAGUCACAUCAGCACACUACUCCCUCUACAGGCUUAAUUGAAUAUAUAACAUCUUAAAAUAGAUCAGUGUUAAUUAUGUUCCUUUUAUUUACAAAAGAAAAUUGAUUUUUGGCAUGUGUACAGCAAGUAUUAUAAAUGCCCUAUAGUUACAGCAAAAUUAAUUUGCCGUGAACUGAUGGGCACUGAAGGAAUUAUAUAUUUUAAGUUUUGUUUACACAAUGUAUGGUAAGCUCAAACAUUUUUGUCUAUUUGGAACAGGAUUUAUUUUGAGCUUGGUGAAUUAACCUUUUUCUGCUCUGAUUCUGAAAUGUGAAUGAAGGUUAGAGGAGGUCAAGAAAUAAGUUCUAGAUAGGUGCCAUUGGUUACGAUAUGAUACGGGUUUCUGGGAUUGUGUUUUAAAUGCAUACUUUGACAUUUGUCAUUUCAUUUUUUCAUGCAAGCACUUUUUUUUUAUUUUUCUCUUUGUAUAUAAAGAGGACAAAACGCUAUUGCUAGCUAUAUAGCACUCUUACCUAAAAGAUAUUAAGUGCUCCUUGGCCCACCAUGAAUAGAGAUGUUUUGUUUUCCAAUUUUGUUUUUAAAAGCAGCAAUUGCUGUAGGCAUUUUUCAAAGAUGUAAAGAAAAUUACAAGUACAGCAUUUGUAUGAAGCUUAUGCUAACUCUUAGCUAUUUUGUUACUUUGUUAUUAAUGAGCAGUGUUUAAUACAUAUGCAUAUAUAUAAAAUAAAAUUGUGGGCCAGUGGUUAUACAGGUAAAAAAACACCAAGUGCUUUCUCUCCCAUUUGACUUUAGAAAAUUAACUUCAUGGUUAGAUCAUUUAAGAAUGAUGAGCUGUAAGGUAAUCAUUUAGAGCAUUUUAUGCAAACUCUUUCUUGUUCCCCUCUUUGUUCUGCCAUUAAAGAGUUAAACAAAAAUCAUUGCAGCACAAUUUGGAUUUCAAACGUUUUCCCCACUACCAAGAGGCAGGAAAGGUCCAUUUUUCAGAACAUAACAGCAACUGAUCCUUGUAACAAACAGGAAAUAAUAGUUCCGAUUGUUAUUGCAAAUUGCAGCUUGGUAUUUUACCAAUGCUGUGCUUUUGAAUUCUGGGAUCAUUUGUGCAUUCUUUUUAGCAAAAGUGACUAAAAAUUCCAUAUUAUAAGCCUGCUAGAGCACAGUAGAACUUUUUUUAUAAUAUGACUAACCACACCGAAUUCACAUUAAAAACUGUUUUAGUGAGAACAUAUGACAGACUGCACUUUAUCAGUACAUUAGUUGCUUUGUUAAUACAGUACCAUCUUUACUUUUCCACCUUUAGUUUUUCCAUGUUGGACUUGAAAUUAGAAAUCCACCUCAUCCUGGUGCUCAAUUUCACACAGUUGAAUGUGUUGAAUACACAAAGUAACAUCAUCUGGGUUUAGAACUAAAGUUAAAAUGCUGCUAAAUUUACUUUGAACAGUCUGGUCUGAUCUGUUUUUCUUUUGUCUUCUCAUCCUGUCUAAGUGACUGUUAUCCUUCAGUGGUAAUGGUAGAUACUUCUGAUUGUACACUCAAGUGGAAUUUGUAAAGUAGCACUUAAAGCCAGGCUUUAAUUGCUUUAAGAAAUGAUGCCACAAAGCUGGGUGUUGAAAAUGUAGUGCUUACCUGUUUGUAAGCUUUCAUGGCAUAUACUCUUCUGUAGCCUCAGAAUGAUUUAUUUAAAUUUAAAUAAAUUUGUCAUUUUCAUA